UCUCUUCGGGUCUCCCCCUCUAUGUGUAGUGGUUUGGCCCAUCCGUCCGCGUUCCUUCCGCCGGCCCUUGGCACACGCUCCUAGGGUCUAAUGUAGGAGCACCCGGAACGCUGGCUGCUGGACGAGAGGCCACUCUCGGUUAUCGGUACUUAGCAGCCCCGGUCUGGACCGUGAGACUCCUGCCCCGCGGCGUGCAGGUUGUCCUGCCUCUUAGCCCGCGAGGACCUUUUAUAAGAGCUGCCAGGCACAAUGAAGGUUCUCCUUCUCAAAGAUGCCAAGGAUGAUGACAGCGGCCAGGAUCCAUAUAUCCAGGAGCUGCGGUUGUGUGGCCUGGAAGCUACGCUGAUUCCUGUUCUGUCGUUUGAAUUUAUGUCGCUGCCCAGUUUGUCAGAAAAGCUGUCUCAUCCUGAAGGCUUUGGAGGACUCAUUUUCACCAGCCCCAGGGCAGUGGAAGCAGUGAAGCUGUGUUUGGAGAAGGACAAUAAAACUGAAGCCUGGGAGAAGUCUCUGAAAGACAGAUGGAAUGCCAAGUCUGUGUACGUGGUUGGAAGUGCCACCGCUUCUCUAGUGAAUAAAAUUGGCCUGGAUGCAGAAGGAGCCGGCAGUGGAAAUGCAGAAAAGCUCGCUGAAUAUAUUUGCUCAAAGCCAUCUUCAGAGCUGCCUCUUCUCUUUCCCUGUGGAACUAUCAAAGGAGACACUCUUCCGAAAAUGCUCAGAGACAAAGGGAUUCCCAUGGAAAGCAUGCAUGUCUAUCAGACAAUUCCACACCCUGGAAUCCAAGGGAGCCUGGAGAGCUACUAUGAAAAUCAGGGCAUCCCAGCCAGCAUCACAUUCUUCAGCCCCUCCGGCCUUAAAUACAGCCUCGAGUAUAUUCAGGCGUUAUCUGGUGGCAGCUUCGACCAGAUCAAGUUUGUAGCCAUCGGCCCCAGUACAACUCGUGCUAUGGCUGCCAAGGGCCUGCCAGUGAGCUGCACUGCCGAAAGCCCCACACCACAAGCCCUGGCUGCAGGCAUCAGGAAAGCGCUGAAGCCAAACAGCUGCUGCUGAGGUCUGUGCUGAGCCAGCUCCUUCCCCGUGCAUGGGACAGCCCACUGCUGCCCGAAGAUGGAACCCAAGUUCAGAAAGGAGCUCUGGAGAAGCUGCCUGUGAGCAUGUUGCCGUCCGCCGUCCACUGAGUCCAGCUUGGAACCUAGGCCGGGUUCACUGGCCAUUAGACCCAGGGAGAGAGAGCUUCCUGUGCCUAGAAAGAAGGAAAUGAAAUGGACCACGUGGUGACUUGUGGUUGCUGCCCACUCUAACAAACUCUAUUUCUUUCAUGUGUACCGGUGUCUUGUCUGCAUGCACAUCUGUGUGCCACCUGCAUACCUGGUGCCUGGAGAAGCAAGGCAAGGGUGGCAGAUCCCCUAGAACUGUGAGUUGGGGACAGCUGUGAGCAGCCAUCUGGGUACUGGGAAUUGAACCCAGGUCCUCUGAAAGAAUAAGUCCUCUCAACCACUGAGCCAUUCCUCCAGCCCACGGUUAUCAUCUGUGGUUCUCAGGGCAAAGCGGUGUUCUGGGGCAACAGAACGUCAUAGUCUCUCUGAUGCUGACCUGUUAAGAAUGACAAAUCGCUAUGUGUGAAGUAGACUUAGUCAUCAUACAAAAUAAAAUAAAAAUAAGACUGGGCCAAGCAUGGUAGCCCACUCAUGAACUCAGCACUGCAGGAAUGGAGACGGCAGUCGUGAGCUUAAGGUCAGCCAGGACUAUAUAGUGAGACAUUAUACACUAUAUCUAAACAUUUGCAAAAAGAAAAAAAAGACUUAAAGGUCUGCCUUUUUGUCCCCUGUGGAUAAUAUGCAGAUAAUUACGAGAUUUUUAUCUCAUUCUGAAACAUAACGGCAGCAUAUCUAUCAAGCCAGCUGCUUCUGGUCUGUGUGCAUACAUGUGGAUGUGUGUGUUAGAAAUGUUAGCCCUGCAGAAAGGCUCUGAAAACUGUGUUCCCAGACUAGAUUUCUACUAGGCAAUCCUGGACUAGAUUUGAGCUGUGUUAAGAAAAUCGUUAUUUGUCUCUCAGCAGCCCGUGGGCUGGUGUGGGGGAGGACAGCUGUGUACUCAUGCAGCUGUCUACAGUGGAAGGCAUCUUCUCUUAAGUGCACACCAUGCCCAGCCUCAUGCACUAAGCUCUACACAUGUGAUGUGAUCCUCAGAGCAACUCUGAAACCCCUGAGCCACCUCACAUCAUCCCAACAGUCGAGGAAGAAGGGUCUAGUGCCAUGGUUCAGUACUGCAGUUCGGGUAUGGUUUGGAGUGUGUCCCUCAAAGUUUGAUAUGGUAGGUUCUCAGUCCCCAGAUGUUCCUGGAAUCCUUAAGAGGCUGGGCAUACGGCUGGCAAGUUGUCAGAUCCUCGGUGGAGCAAAGGCCUUGAUGCCGACUUUAUAACUAAAUCCAGUCUCUGGAAUCCACAUGGUAGAAAGAGAACUGACUCCCACAGGGGGUCCCUGACUCUGACACGUGGUGUGGUGCUAAAUAAAUAAAUGAAUGAA